AUGAACGAAACGGGACACGCAGGGGAGCCCGACGGGCCGUCUGUAUAUUUAUUCGUGCUCCCGAUCAUCGUCUCGCUGGGUCUCGGCGGGAAUAUCGUCUCUAUCGUUACUAUCUUCCACUCGAGGCUUAGACAUAUCUCAGCUAAUGUCUAUCUGAUCGUGCUAACUAUUGCGGAUAGUGUCUUUUUAUUUGGGGUAUUGCUGAUCUGUUUUAAGAUCGAUUUCGUCUCGUGGGAAUGGUGCGUAUUCGUGGAAUAUCUAUUAAUGGUCGCCUCAUACGUAUCUUCCUGGGCCACAGCAGCCCUCACUAUUGAACGAUACCUAGCCAUCGCCCACCCCCUUAAACACGUCAUGUUUGGGCACGUGGAUCGGUGGAAGAUGUUGAUCUAUUGGCUGCCGAUUCCGUUCGUACUCCAUCUAUUCCAGUUUGUCAACCUCGUCCCUCCGCCGAAUCCACUACAGGAUGACGCCAGAAAAUGCGUUCUUCGCGAGGCGGAUUACCAGGUAGUAACCGAGUUCCUCGACGUGCUCCUCUGCUUCGGGAUCCCGUGUGCUGUCGUCGUGAUUCUGAAUCUCCUUGUCAUGGGAAAAGUGAAUCGUGAACGUGGCCAUUUCCUUGAGCAGCAAGGAAAACAACUAGAUAGCAGACGACAAGGAGGCACCGGCUCGGCUGGGUUCACGCGAAUCCUCUGGGUGGUCCCGAUGGUUUUUGUCAUUUUGAACACCCCAUUCUACUGUAUUCGUCUGUAUGAGGCGGUGACUGUAUUCUUCUUUAACACCGCCGCCGCUGAGGAUAGUUAUUCGGAUUUUGGAAAGACUGUCUACAACACUGCCCACUAUCUCUAUUAUAUCAAUUUUGCGUCGGACGUGGUCGUGUACGCAUUUUCAAGCGCCAACUUUCGAAAAACAGUGCUUAUCGCUUGGCGACGACUGAUCUGCCCGGGGUACGAUAAAUCCAAGGCGACAAAGUACACAAUCACGCUGCACGAUACGGUGAGGACUCGACCAUUCUCCCCGGAGCUGCACGAGGCAUCGAGCCGCAACUCGAUGAUCACCAACUCCAUAGCACAGCGCCCUCCACGCAGGACACUCUCGCAAAGGGAAGCACGCCAUCCCCAUAUCCAGCCCGAUAGGCACUCCGAUGCUGAUGUACAAAUAUUUCGAACGUCUCCGCUGCUCAACACCGAUCGUUGUUCCGUCGUCCAUUACGGCGAUCCCGAUGAGGAUGGCAAGGACACGACCGCAUUC